AUGCGCGGAAAAUCCUGCAGAUAUAAUACUCUGCUCCCCUACUAUCCUGCUAUCCCUCCCAGCGCAUCACCUGCCAAGCUGUUGUCUCCACUCAUAUCCCUACUUUUCUUGCCCCAAGUCCUCGCAAAAGCCGCCACCGUGUCCUUCUUCAACCCCUUCCGACGCGCUCAGGCAGAGGCCGCCCAGGGAGCCAUCACUGUGCAGGUGAAAUGGGGGCGUGAUCGCUUCAACAUUCCCAUCCCUCAACCUUCCAUCACCCCCCUAGCCACCCUCCUUGCCACCCUCUCCAAUCAGACAGGUCUUCCAGUCAACCAGCUAAAGUUGGUGCACAAAGGAGCGGUGCUGAAGGACACGUCUUUGACCGUGUCGGCAUAUGGCAUCACAGAAGGGGCCAACCUGGUGCUCAUUGGAAAGGGCGGGGACAUCCCUGCCCCUGCUUCAUCUGCUCCCAAGCAAGCUGCGCCGGUCGCCAAAAAACCCAAGCAGCCCGAGACAGACUCUGAACCCGUCUUGGUCGACUGGAUCAAAUCCCUGGUCGCAAACCUCCUAGACCCUUUGAAACCUUCCAUCGCCACUUUCAUCUCUUACACUUCUCCCCACGUCACCAACCGUCCUGCCAAGAUCCCAGCGUUUGAAGUGUUGCAAAAGGAGCAUGCGAGGUUGAGCGAGUUGCUGCUGAAGGCGCUGUUAGAGUUGGAUGGGGUCAACAUCCAGGGGGGCUGGGAUGUGGCGAGGAAGGAGAGGAAGGAGGGCGUUAGGGGUAUACAGGGAGAACUGAAUAGAGUCGAUGAGGCGUGGGGAGAGCGAAAGAGGAUUGGUGCUUAG